UGUCGCAUGUCGGAAACGUUCACACAAACACACACCAGCCGACAGUUGACAGCCCGGUCGAUUUUGAUCAAUAAUUUAACUUCAUGUGAAAAUUUUCAUUUUACUUCAUAAAUAUCAAAAUUCAGAAAAACAGAAUUUGAAAGUCAUAAAUAAAAAUGUCAGUGCAGACAGUAUUACUAGACUUUUCCAUUGAUCCGGUGCGAAUUGGUGAUGAAGUUGCCAGUAAAGAUUUACUGAAAUUCAUCAAGCAGGGCUUGAAAAAGUAUUUCGAAAAUUUGAAAUUUGUUUAUGAUCUGAAAACGGACGACGGAUAUUUGUGUUUAUUUACUGAUAAGAAUUUGGUGUUCAUUCAAAUUCGAUUCUUCAAUCAUGGUAUUAUUACUAUCAAUAUUGAAUACUUUAAAAGCGACACCGGAAACCAGAUCAUGUCAUUUGAAUCUAAACGAGAAUUGUGUGACUAUCUGGAAGCUAAAUUAGAAGUAAACGGUUAUCCAUAUCCAAACAUUAAACGGGAUGGACUCAACAAGUACUUCUAUUCAUCAGAUGAGCGCAUCCUCGAAUAUGACAUUGACAAGGUACUGUUCGACAAACGAUCACCAUUUCAAAAGGUCCAAAUUGUUCAUUCAAAAAGUUUGGGAAAUAUGCUGGUUCUGGACGAACUACAAAACAUUUCCGAAGCGGAUUUGAUUUACACGGAAACGUUGAUGCAACGAGGCAUACAGAAUUACGAGGGCAAAGAAAUUUGCAUUUUGGGCGGUGGUGAUGGCGCCUUAUUGUACGAGUUGUUAAAGGAGAAUCCAAAGUUCGUUACCAUGCUAGAAAUCGACGAAAUGGUAAUGCAAGCGUGUAAUGUCCAUCUACAAUCGAUUUGCGGGGAUGUGUUGGAAAGACGACAAGCAGAGAACUUUGAGAUCAUCGUCGGAGACUGCAUGGUUGCCCUGGACAAAUAUGUGAAGGAGGGAAAAAAAUUUGAUUUUGUAUUUGGUGACCUGACAGACAUACCAAUUUCGGAAACACCAACUGGAGAAAUAUGGAACUUCAUCCGAACGAUCCUACAACAAUCCUUCAAGAUACUGAAACCAAAUGGCAAAUACUUAACUCAUGGUAACGGCACCAAUUGCCCAGAGUCGUUACGCAUGUACGAAGAACAAUUGAAGCAGCUAGAGCCCAAAGUGAAGUUUACCACAACCAAAGCAUUCGUUCCAUCAUUCAUGGAAGAGUGGGUAUUUUACCAAGUGAGUGUCGAUGUUUGACCGACCGACUACAUUCGUACCAGCGAAUUUUACGGGUGUUUGGCCCAACAUUUACCACUUUCAAGUCACACAAGUAAUUCAUUAAAUUCGUCACUCAUAAAGUCCUAGUAGUAUCUAGACACACAAAAUGCCAUUGUUUAAGCGUAGCUUAGAUUCAAAUUACGAUUAUUUACUUGAGUAUAUUUACAAUUUGAACAAUUUGAACAAUUUAGUCGUUAUUAGCGUCAAUUAAUUCAAAAAUGAAGAAAAAAAAAUGAAAAAUGAGUCAGUGCAAUUUCGAAUACGUUUAGUUAAAAAUCUCCAGAUGAAAAAUGUGUUUUUAGCGAUUAACGGACGAUUUAUACUUAAGAAGUACUGUUUUAAAAUGAAAUUGAAUAAAGUAUUUAGUGACUUACGAA